GUGGGGUUAAGGGUCAUGAGAAAGAUGGCGGCACCCAGGAGCCGUUGAGGCGUGCAGUACGGGAUGGCUCUGGUGGCCCUGGGUCGCGCGGGGCGGCGGCUGAAGUGGCCGGGCCCCGGGCGCGGGCACUGGACGCCGGCCGAACGCUCGCGGAGCCGGCGCGAGGCGGCAGAGGCCGAGGCGGACGCGCCCGUGGUCCAGUACGUGGGCGAGCGCGCCACCCGCGCGCACCGCGUCUUCGUGUGGGGCUUCAGCUUCUCGGGCGCGCUGGGCGUGCCCACCUUCGUGGUGCCGGGGGCCGGGCCCGAGCGCUCCGGCUCGCGGCCGCGCCGCAGGAUCCAGGCCGUGCCCUACCGCCUGGAGCUCGACCAGAAGAUUUCCUCUGCCGCCUGUGGCUACGGAUUCACACUGCUGGCCUCCAGAACCAAGGACAUCACGAAAGUUUGGGGCAUGGGGCUCAACAAAGACUCUCAGCUUGGAUUUCACAGGAGUCGGAAGGAUAAAGCCCGGGGCUAUGAGUACGUGCUGGAACCCUCACCAGUCUCCCUGCCUCUGGACCGGCCCCAGGAGACCCGGGUGCUGCAGGUGGCCUGUGGCCGUGCGCAUUCACUCAUCUUGACAGACAGCGAAGGAGUCUUCAGCAUGGGCAACAAUGCCUACGGGCAGUGCGGGCGCAAGGUGGUGGAGGACGAGGUGUACAGCGAGAGCCACAGAGUGCACAGGAUGCAGGACUUCGAUGGCCAGGUGGUCCAGGUCGCCUGCGGGCAGGAUCACAGCCUUUUCCUCACUGAGCAGGGUGAAGUCUAUUCUUGUGGCUGGGGUGCCGAUGGGCAGACAGGUCUGGGUCACUACAACAUCACCAGCACACCCACCAAGCUGGGCGGAGACCUUGCUGGAGUGGAAGUUGUCCAGGUUGCCACCUAUGGUGACUGCUGCCUGGCUGUGUCAGCUGAUGGGGCCGUGUUUGGGUGGGGAAACUCUGAGUACCUGCAGCUGGCAUCUGUGACAGACUCCACACAGGUCAACGUCCCCCGGAGCCUGCCCUUCUCAGCAGUGGGAAAGGUGAAGCAGGUAGCCUGUGGCGGCACAGGCUGCGCUGUGCUCAACGGAGAAGGCCGUGUUUUCGUUUGGGGCUAUGGAAUUCUUGGGAAAGGCCCCCGCCUUGUGGAAACUGCUCUCCCAGAGAUGAUUCCCCCCACGCUCUUUGGCCUAACAGAGUUCAGCCCAGAUGUCCAGGUUUCCCGCAUUCGAUGUGGACUCAGCCACUUUGCUGCCCUGACCAACAAAGGUGAGCUGUUUGUGUGGGGCAAGAACAUCCGUGGCUGCCUGGGGAUUGGCCACCUAGAAGACCAGUAUUUCCCGUGGCGGGUGACGAUGCCCGGUGAGCCUGUGGAUGUUGCGUGCGGCGUGGACCACAUGGUGACCCUGGCAAGGUCGUUCAUCUGAGUCCCAUUCUCGGCCAGCUCAAGGCUCUGCAGCAGGGACGUGGCACAGUGUUGUGCUUGAGUGGCCCUGUGUGCUCAGUGUCCGAUGCUCUUGGCAGGUGCCUGUGCGGAGUCCUGGGGCUGAGGCCCCUCCUCCCGCCUGCAUAGGAUGGCUGCCCGCGGCAGCCCUAGCCCUGAGGAGCUCGGGCCAGUGGGCCGUAGGGCAAGGACAUCAGGAUGUUCUGCCCUGUCCAGCAGCACGUCAGGUCACGUCCCCCAGUCUCUUGGCCACAGGAUGAGACCAUGUCACACAGGCUCGGGAGGACAUCCAUUCCCUGCCAUAGCACACUUGGUGUGUGCCCUGCCAGGCUCUGUGUGUACCUCGGGCUGAGCACUGCACGUCAUGAGCUAGGCUGGCCUAAGGUGGGCCUUCAUCCUUGCCCUACUCAAUGCUGGCGCUGGUUGUUGCCACACUGCGGGCUCCCUUGGUGACUGUGCAGCCAGAAGUUGUGACCUAAUGACCGUCCACUGCCAGCCUGGGAGGCUGAGAACCUUUCGAGGAGGACACUCGAUCCACAGAGGCCUGCCUAGAGCACUGUGAAAGCAGUGGCAUCAGGAGUGGACCUUCUCUUUUUCUUCACAAACAGCUUUUAAAAAUCUCUUGGAAUAAAGUCUUAUUUUGUACUGGUUUAAAAACUGAAUUAAAAAAAAAAAGGAAAACUGAA